AAGACGUCCUCUCAACUUGGAUUUAUCAUUUAUGGAAAAUAGCCAAACCAACCAAACAAACAAACAAAACCCCUCUACCUUAAUAAUACUAUUUCAAGUUUUAGGGAAAAAAAAAUUAAAAACCAAAAACCCACAAUAUCCUAAAUUGCUUUUUAAAAGACGACUUCUCAGCCACCUUCGCCUCAAUGUUUUCCACAAAAUAAAAGGAGAAGUCCUAAAAACAGACAGACUGGAGUCUGCAGAGCUCUGAAUAUUCACAGAAGAACACUCAAGGCUACACUGCUGAAGUCUCUGCAGAUUCUCUAGCACAGAGGGCUUUGGGCACUAAACCAAGUCACCGAGAGGAAAGCAACAGAUGCCAGUCUGCAAGCUCCACUAACUAGUAUUACCAGAGACACUCAUAUCCUCCAGAUUCAGCAGAAUAACCAGGACCAUGGACAUGCCUGGUGUCAACACCACCUCAGCCAAUACCACCUUCUCCCCUGGGACCAGCACCCUGUGUAUCAGAGACUACAAGAUCACCCAGGUUCUCUUCCCAUUGCUCUACACCGUCCUGUUCUUUGCUGGGCUCAUCACAAACAGCUUGGCCAUGAGGAUUUUCUUUCAGAUCCGCAGUAAAUCCAAUUUCAUUAUUUUUCUUAAGAACACGGUCAUCUCUGAUCUUCUUAUGAUUCUAACUUUUCCAUUCAAAAUUCUUAGUGAUGCCAAGCUGGGAGCCGGGCCUCUGAGAACCUUGGUGUGCCAAGUUACUUCGGUCACAUUUUAUUUUACAAUGUAUAUCAGUAUAUCAUUCCUGGGAUUGAUAACCAUUGACCGCUACCUGAAGACCACCAGGCCAUUUAAAACCUCUAGUCCCAGCAAUCUCUUGGGUGCGAAGAUUCUUUCUGUUGUCAUCUGGGCCUUCAUGUUCUUAAUUUCACUGCCUAACAUGAUUCUCACCAACAGGAGGCCAAAAGAUAAGGAUGUAACGAAAUGUUCUUUCUUAAAGUCGGAGUUUGGUCUAGUCUGGCACGAAAUAGUCAAUUACAUUUGCCAAGUCAUUUUCUGGAUUAAUUUUUUAAUUGUCAUCGUUUGUUAUAGCCUCAUUACAAAAGAACUCUAUAGGUCUUAUGUCAGAACAAGGGGUUCAACCAAAGUUCCCAAGAAAAAGGUAAACGUCAAAGUUUUCAUCAUCAUUGCUGUAUUCUUCAUUUGCUUUGUUCCCUUCCAUUUUGCACGAAUUCCCUAUACCCUGAGCCAAACUCGGGCUGUCUUUGACUGUAGUGCCGAGAACACCCUGUUCUACGUGAAGGAGAGUACCCUAUGGCUGACGUCACUGAACGCCUGCCUUGAUCCAUUCAUCUAUUUUUUUCUUUGCAAGUCUUUCAGAAAUUCCUUGACAAGCAUGCUGAGGUGCUCAAACUCUACAUCAACAUCUGGGGCAAACAAGAAGAAAGGGCAGGAAGGUGGAGAACCAAGCGAGGAGACCCCAAUGUAGAACGUUACCCAUGGGGCUGCUUCAGUCUUUAAUAUCCAGGCUGAUCCAAGGAAAUCACCACAGAAAUAUAUUAACAUUCACUAAAAAGAAGCUGAGUUAGUGAUUCUUUAAAUAAUCAAUAAAGUAAGAAAAUAAUUUUUAACUACCUUUCCUGUACAUAUAUUGGAAAAAUCCUAGUCUGCAGGUGUAUUUUAAAAUGAAUAGUAUCCCAUUGCUAUACUACAGGCAAACCACACACACACACACACACACACACACACACACACACACACACACACACACACACAUACACACACACAAUCAUUUAUCUGGUUUCUACAAAACUAGCAGCAUGAAAUGUAACAUCUGCUGUCAUUUUAAAAUACAUUACCAAUCACAAUAUUAUUUUUGUAAUAAGUGAGGAAUUAUGUUUGAUCUGAUACAUCAUACACAAACUUCCCAUUUAUAACAAGGAUAACAACAAAACCAAUGGGACUUAAAUCAAAUGAAAUUACAAUGGAUAAGGCCUGAAUUAUUAUAAAUGCACAUUAAGAUGGUAGAGGUCUAAAAGGUGAAUCUUACCAUAAAGAACAGACAUGAUGAAUAAAAUGAUUAACUUAACUAAAGUACACUUUCAUAACAUUCUAAUAUUAAAAAUAUUUACUCCUUCCUUAACACUGGAAACAUCAAUUUUACUAAGGGUCUGAGUUUACUGGGUACAGUGCCAUUAUCGGUACUUAUCUGCUAACUAGCUUUGGAAAAGCCUGCUGCUUGAAUGAACAGAACACUUAGGUAACUAUAAUUCCCGAAUCACACAUCACACCUACCAAUAAGAAAGUGAUUGAACUACUGGAGAUUACCUGUUUGUAAUCAUGUGUAUAAUAUUAA